CAUGAAUUUAAUAUAAAUAUGAUCAUUCAUAUUUUUUACUAUUUUCAAUGUUAAUAAUUUUGUAAUAUAUAUUAUCUUUUUGAUUGAAUAUAAUGUCGUGGUUAGACGAAAUUCGAGUUAUAGUUGGUUUAGAUUUCGGAACCACCUAUUCGGGAUUUUCUUUAUACCAUGUCGAUGGUGAAAUCGGAGAUGUAAAGACGAAUAGUGAGUGGCCAGGAGAGAUGGGAAAAUUAAAGACAAAUACAGUACUUCAGUACAAAGCUGGCUUUAAAGAGGUUGAAUUAUGGGGUUAUCCUGCCUUGUAUAAGAAACCUAAUAAAAAAAGCAAAAAUAAUGAAACGAAACCCGUAGAAUUAUUUAAAUUACAUUUAGGUAAUUGUUUGGAAAAACUUAAGCCAAAGUUGCCUGAAUCAUUAACCUAUAAGCAAGCAAUUACCGAUUAUAUUGGUAAAGUUGGAGAGGUAAAUAAAUAACUGACUCUUUAAAUAUUAAAAAAUUAUAUUAUAAAAUAUUCUAAUUUUAUUUAAUUAAUAAAGUUAAUUAAAGAAACCAUUCCUAAAUAUUGGGAAGGGAUUGACUUUAUGGAACAUAUUCUUUUGGUUCUUACUGUACCAGCUGAAUAUUCAGAAAAUGAUAAAGCUAUAAUGAGAGAAUGUACAUUCAAUGCUGGAUUGAUCG